AUGGCAAGAGAACUCGCUUCGGGUUUGGAUGUUGGUGUCACGAGUUCAGUUCUGGCUGAUAUUGAUAAUUAUUUUUGCAUCAGUUGCAGUAAUAUCGUGGGCACUUUUUAUGUUGUUUCACAUGAAGAAAUCAUAUUGCUUUCAUUUCCUUAUCUGGAUCAUCUUCGCCGAUAUUACGACCCUACUCAUCAUUCUCAUCGAUAUCAUGUCGCAGUCGCUCUUCAUAUCUAUGAAAGGUCCGAUUCUUUGCAAAGUACUGUUGUUCAUCUCGAAUUCAGCCGCUUGUUUCGUGAAUUGGGUUUGGCUUGUGAUGUUCCUGCAGCGAUGCGUAGUUAUUCUGUUUCCGUUGAAAAGAGUUGGCCACUGGUUCUGGUGACCGAAAGAUAUGUAAGUAUCGGUGAAGGUGUGAUAGCCGUAACAUGUGAAAGGGAUACCACAAUAAUGAGUGAUGAAGGUUACAAGUGGGUGGCACUGUUCGAAGCUCUCAUCACUUAUGUGUGCCCGUUCGUGUGCACAAUGAUUGCCGAUCUUCUUGUUCUUUCCUGCCAUAAUAGUAGUAAUAAGUUUACGGUUUUGUCGAGUGACUUGGUGAGUAAUCGACGCGCAUUCAAAGAGCCUUUUGAGGGACUCAAGAUACAAUCCAGAGAAAGUAUUCGAGUGAGUUCCCACUUCUUGACAGCUAUCCAUUUGUUGAGUAGUUUUUUCUGUAACAAAAAUGGCUUCUGUUUUAAAAAAAUUUCCACGACUCUUCCUAACAUCUAUUUUGCUGAUCCCAAUACCUCUUGUAUUCGCAUCCCUUCGUCGCAUCCACCGUCCACUUUGGCCUUCAACUUUUCGUCCAUGGAUUCGGCUGCUGUCUGA